AUGCAGCAAAUAUCCGAGGAGCUGUUUGUGGGAUUAUGUCGUAAAAUCGGGACCCCAAAACAGGUGGCCAUAAGAAGAGAUGUGAUGGACAUAGCAGAGAUAGUGAAAAAUCGAGUAAGAGAAUGUCAUGAAAUGACUGAGAUUUUGAGUGGAAGUCGGAGAGAGGGGUUCAGAUUUAAGGAUUCAGACGCGGAUUGCAUGUACUGUAUAAAUAGCUAUCGAGUUAUAUGGAACUUAUCUCAGAUUCGGUACUAUAAAAAAGAAACAAUCAUAAUAUGUGAUGGUUCUGAUAGUCCUCCAGGGUUUACUCUCCUACAGCUAGCAGAACUAGGAUCAGAAAUAAAAGGUUUGUUCGUCACAAUGAGUGGUAAACAUUAUAUUUCUAGUUCUAUAUUUAGAGAAGUGAUGUGUUCUGUCAUUCAUCCUAACUCUAUCGUACAUGGUCCCUGCAGUAGCGGGACUAUGGUUACAGGGGGCGAAUAUGAUGAUGCCAUUUGUUUCCGCUCUGAUUUUUGGCCGCCCUCUGUCUAUUCAUGGAAAGAGAGAUGUCUCGUGCACUCAUGGCCAAAUAUGCAUGUUGUUCAUGACAUAGUCAGAAGUGGCUGUCAUUUUGUUGCUAUUGGACACAAAUUAGGGAACCAUGAAGACAGCGAAUGGAGAGUUUCUUUUUCUGUAGCAGAACACAAACUUGUGCGCUGUAUGAGCCAUUGUCAAUUCUUAACCUAUGGUUUGCUUAAAUUGUUCUUAAAAGAAUUUGUCAAUACAAAAUUAAAUGAAGAGGAUAAAUUUCUGUGUUCCUAUCAUAUGAAGACAGCAGUUUUUUGGGUGGCACAACAGAACACAAUAUCGAACUGGUGUCCACAAAAUCUCAUGGAGUGUUUCUGGGUCUGCUUCAAACUUAUCCUUAAAUGGGUGUAUGAGGGAGUCUGUCCUAACUUUUUUAUUCCAGAAAACAAUAUGUUUCUGAACUAUGUUCACCAAAACAAACAACAGAAAACUUUUGAUAUACUGAAUACGGUGUAUGAAAUGGGCAUAGCAUCCUUUUUACAUAUUUUCUCCAAUGAAAGCGUUGCCAUUCAUAUUCCGAGACAUGAAUAUAUUAUUUUGAAUGAAGACACUUUGAUUUCUGAAACAGAGUUGGAUAUGGAGCUAUUCCGGGAAGUACACAAGAACGAAGCAAUAUGCACUCUAGAUCUCCACCAGUGUAUGAAGGCCUUGCAGGCUAUUGAACAGGUUAUACAUCUUCCUCUCACACCGUAUCAUACAAUCAUGUUACGAAAACACGCAGAAACCAUUUUUCAGAGAAUGGCUUUCAUAUUACACAACGUGUAUACGAACAAAGUAGAAAACAAACGCAUGUAUACUAUUGACAAAAUAUCCCGCUACAUGCUGAAAUUAACAGCCGAGUUUGGUUGUGUCUCCGAUAUGUUGUACCUAGCCAUGUAUUAUUAUAAGACAUACAGAUACUUGAAAGCUUUAACUGUAUUAAAAUUUACCAAAGCCAGGUUAAAUGAGCAAAAUGUGAUGUAUCAAAACAUAGACGAGAACAAGUACAUAAAAACUGUCGGUGGCCAAUCUUGGUCUAAAAAGAUGAGACAUGCUCUGGCGUGGAAUAUCUCUCUCUUCAAUAGAAUAUGCUACAUCAAAGAAUUAGUGCCAGAACAACAGUCUAAAAUACUAUUUAAACAGCCAGUUUCUUUUAUUCCACACUUUUUAAUGGUUUCCCUGUUGGAUAUCCUGUGCAACAUACACAUUGACAUGAAAGAAGCGCUAGUUGCUUUGUUUAACCUGCAGCAUUUGGUCUAUUGUGUUCAUAAAGAAUUGGGAACUCUCGGAGAUAUAUCAUGGCAGCUCCUGGGGAUUUGUCAACAGGUCACAGGGAAACACGGGGAUGCUCUCGUCUCAUAUGUAAUAUCACUCACACAAAUACCAACUCUGCGAUUACAAUGGGCAACAAUUAUAAGGAUUUUAACAAUAUUAUUUUAUUCAUACAGAAACCAGAAUACUUCUCAUGAAGCGUAG